AUGGCGCUGCCAUCAGUCGAUCUCCUCGUCGUUCUUGCGUGUGGCGUCCUGUCCCUUCUCUUGUGGGCCAAGGCCCGACGUGGCAGACUUGGCCCCCAACCUCCGGGUCCUCCGGGGUUGCCUCUCAUCGGUAACCUCCUCGAUGUACCAAGUCCAAAGGAUUUCCCGUGGGAUACGUACACGAACUGGUGCAAACAGUACGACUCUGAUAUCAUCCGCCUCAACGCCAUGGGGAUGAACAUCAUCGUCGCGAACACCCUCGAGAUUGCCAGUGACCUACUAGACAAGCGCUCCGCCAUAUACUCGGACAGGCCUCGGAUGGUCAUGUUGUGCGAGCUGAGCGGGUUCGGAACAAGCUUGGCGUUCGUGCCAUACAACAAUUUUUGGAAGGACCAAAGGAAGAUGGCCCGCCAGGAGUUCCAUUCCACUCCCGUGAAGCGCUUCAGGCCCGUCGAGGUUAGGUCGGCCUACCGCUUCCUCCGGAACCUGCAGCAAAAGCCAGAUGACUUGAUGGACAACCUCCGCUACCUGGCAGGGGCGACGAUCAUGUCCAUUGGGUACGACAUCGAAGUGCAGCCGCAGAAUGAUCCAUACGUCCAGACCGCGGAGGAGGCAGUAGCUUCCAUUGCAGAGACCACCAACGCCGGCUCAUAUCUCGUGGACGUUAUCCCCAUUCUGAAGUAUGUCCCCGAGUGGUUCCCUGGAGCGGAAUUCAAGAAGCAGGCUCGAAUAUGGCACGCCGCGGUGGACAAGCUUUUUAAUGACCCGUACAACGACUGCCAGAAACGCCUAGAUGCCGGCGAACUGGGCGAUUGUGCGGCGAAGUCGAUGAUGGAGACCUUCGGCAAGAACCCCACCGACCCAGAGUACGCCGCUAGCGUAAUUAAGUCGGCCCUUGGCGCUCUGUACGUGGGCGGCGCGGAUACCACGGUUUCCGCACUAGGCACAUUUUUCCUUGCGAUGACUCUCAAUCCCGACGUCCAAGAGAAGGCGCGAAAGCAGCUGGACCAAGUCGUCGGACAGCACCGGCUUCCCAGCUUCAACGACCAGCCCUCCUUGCCGUAUAUCGACGCUAUCUUGAGGGAGACCAUACGCUGGCGUCCCGUGGUCCCCCUAGACGUUCCACACCGGCUGACCGAGGACGACUUCUACGAAGGAUACUACUUGCCGAAGGGUUCCCUCAUUGUUGCGAACACAUGGGCGAUCCUGCACGACGAGGCGGCAUACCCUGACGCGGAGCGCUACAACCCGGACCGGUUCCUCACUGCGGACGGCGCGCUCGACCCCGCGGUGCGCGACCCGUCCGUCGCGGCGUUUGGCUUUGGAAGGCGGAUCUGCCCUGGGCGGUUCAUGGCGCUCGACUCGAUGUGGAUCACGAUCGCGUGCGUGCUCAGUAUGUUCGAGAUCAGCAAGGCCGUCGACGAGGACGGGUACGAGAUCACGCCUGACGCGGAGUACGACCGCGGGUUCUUGUGUCAUCCGAAGCCGUUCCCUUGCGUGAUCAAGCCGCGAUCGAAGGAGCACGAGGAGCUGUUGAACGAGCUUGCUCACCACGACAUGUGA